GAGGAUGUGAGUGGCGGGUUCAUCUUGGGAGAAGAAAAACAGUGACGUAAAUGUGGGCUGUUCAUGUCGCCCUUUGGAGCUGCAGCUGAAUUAAAAGUGGGGCAACCUCAGUAAACUUUUCCUCAGAAAACAUCAAGUCAACACAGGCAAUGAAGCCUCUGCGGUUUAUAUUCCUGGUUCUCCAGGUGUUUCUAAGUGUGAAAUUUUCCUGGUCACAGAACGUGAACACUUGUGAAAUUGGUGGACUGGAUACUAAUCUGUAUGUAACUGGACUAACAUCGACUGGCACAACACUGAAACCUGGACACAAGCUGCGUUUUCUCUGUGGUCCUGGUUACCAGCUGAGCGGCUCAGGGGAAAUUGAAUGCUUACCAACCGGCCAAUGGAACGCUUCCUUCCCGUUUUGCUCAGCUGUUGUACAUUGUUCAGCACCACCACUUCUUGAAGAUGGAGACACCAAAUUAUUUCUCAGAUCAAAUGCAGUUUAUCAAACUGGUGACAAAGUUGAAUAUAUCUGUCAGAAUCAGUACAUUAUGAACGGUGACCCAUUUCAAACCUGCAACAACGGUGUAUGGGAAGGAAACAUGAGAUGCAUGAAACCAUGCACUGUGAACGAGGAAUUAUUGAGUCAACAUGGCCUUGACUUUAGAUUUUUUGAUGCAACUAAGAUGUAUGCACCACAUAAGGAUCACCUUUCAUUUGUUUGUCUAAGAGGUAAAAGACAGGUUGGCUGUGCCGAUGCGUGUUCACUGUCAUGAUGGUCAGAUGACCCUGCCCACCUGCCAGUAAAGGUUUUCAGGGAACAAGAUAUAAACAUGUAAUCACAAAAAUAUGUAAACUACUAUAGAACCUCAAAAUGCUCAAAAUUAAAUAACAAGCUACUACAUUGUAAAACAAGAAACUUUAAUUAAGUAGAAGCUAAGGAGACGACACACUGAUGACCCCAGCAAAGAGUGUUUCAGCCUCAAGUUUGACCUCAACGUCGACAUCAACACGGAGAUUGUACCGGCUAUGAAAAAGAAAACGCUGAGAGAGGUUUUAGGUCCAGCAUUGUCAUAAAUAUAUGACAAUGCAAUGGUGUAAUAACUGAAUGAAUAUUAAAUUUCAUGCUCAUUAUUGUAAAAUAUUGUCAUUUUUCAUUCUGUUUUAAAAUGUACUUAUUAAAAUAAAAACAAUUCACUGUGAUUUUCACCCCAAUAGGAACAA